AUGCAGAAGCUACAAAUGAUGAGAUGGCCCCACUGGUCAACGGCGUUGACGGUGCCUGAGAUUUUCCCCGGUGGCAUAUUCCAAAUCCCAAUAAAACAAAUUAUUCCCGGCGACCGAGCUUGUGCAGCGUCAGCUAAACGCAGUCGUAUCGCGUCAUUUCCCACUAAAUUCGCCUUGUGGACCCCAUCCCAAUUCCCACUUACUAGUUCUUCUUCUCCUCCUCUCAGUUUCCGCUGCUCGUCUUCCACUGAUAGUGCCGUUUACGACAUAAGCUUCGGAAAUUGGUUGAGUAUGGCGGAUACUAACUCCGUUGGUUUCUCCGGCGAUCGGCCGACGGUGAUGGUGACGAACGACGACGGCAUCGACGCUCCUGGAUUGCGCGCUCUAGUUAACGUCCUCAUCGCCUCCAAUCGCUUCAACGUCAUCGUUUGCGCUCCCGAUUCUGAGAAGUCAGCCGUUAGUCAUAGCAUUACAUGGCGGAAUCCUGUUUCUGUUAAGCGAGUGGAGAUUAAUGGCGCUACCGCCUACGCUGUUAGUGGAACUCCUGCUGAUUGCACUUCUUUAGGAAUCUCUCAAGCUCUGUUCCCUUCGUUGCCUGAUCUUGUUAUCAGUGGCAUAAAUAUGGGUAGCAAUUGUGGUUAUCACGUGGUUUACUCAGGUACUGUGGGUGGUGCUCGAGAGGCUUUCUUUAAUGGUGUACCUGGUGUCUCUUUAUCAUAUGAUUGGGUUGGUGGGAAGAGCAAUGUUAAUGACUUCACACUGGCUGCGGAGGCUAGCUUGCCAAUUCUUAGUGCUAUAGUUACUGAAAUCAAGAACGGCAGCUAUCCCUUGAAUUGCUUUUUGAAUAUAGACGUGCCAACAGACAUCAUUAAUCACAAAGGUUAUCGUUUAACAAGGCAAGGAAAAAGUAUUGUCCAAAUGGGCUGGAGACGAGUUAUUUCUGAUGCUCAAGAUGAGAAAAUGGCAUCUACGAUGACGAUGGAGAAGUCUUCAGAUGCGUCUCCAGAUGCUUCUAAUCUGCCACAGGGACAAUUUAUUUUCAGAAGAGAAGUGAAAGGAAAACAGGUGGAUAACAGCGAUUCAGACUAUUACAACCUGCAAGAAGGAUAUAUUACUGUCACUCCUCUUGGUGCCUUAUCUCCUCCAGAUGUAGAUGGUUAUUCAUACUUCAGAGAAUGGCUCCCAUUAGUAGGUGAACGUUCAUCAUCUGCCUUGUAA